AUGGACAGCAUUAUCGAUGGGCGCUUUGAGCGCCUGGAGAAGGCCCUCGCGGGCCUCAUCGACUCCGUCACAAAGUACCAUCCGUCGACGAGUCUGGCCGAGGAACUUAUGGCUGCGGAUGCGGAGCUCUCAAAGGGACUUGAGCAAGUACAAGCCCAUCAAAAUAAUCAUCUCCGAAUACUCGAGCUACGGCAAGCAUCCGCCAGCCUCGACACUCAAAUACGCGAAACCCUCACAAGUCUCGCCAAUACUCGUCGAGAUAUUGUCAACACACAUACCACGAAAUUCCCAUCUAGCCCCAAUUACCCCAUCGCCUACAAAGAGCUGCUCAGCUAUGCGCGGCGCAUAAGCAAGACGACGAUGCCGCCUGCGGCCACGAUAAACGCAUAUGUUCCUCCUUCCGGCACGCAGAGCCCCAUUGUCGGUGAAUCACAAUCGCAAGCCGUGACGCCGGGGGCUACCACCCCUGCGGCCGGCGCAGCGCCAGCCGCUGCCGCGACGCCAGCGAACGGCACCCCUCUACCGACGCAAAGCCCGGCUGCCAUGAACGGCGUCGGCAUACACGGCCAAUCCACACAGCAAUCAUCCCAGCAGCAAGGCAGAUCGUCGUCUGGGCCCUCGCUGCUUACAAGCCUGCCGGAGCACAUGGCGCAGUACCUGAACCCGCUCUCGGGCCAGGUCUUCUUCCCAUGGCCGCAGGAGGACAAGAUCCGGUCCGGGUCGCUGGCAUCCAACCAGAUCCUUGUCGAACAGGGCAUCGAUCCGCGGGGCUUCGAUCCUGUCGCGGAGGAGGAGCGCAAGAAGAAGGAGGAGGCAGAACGCAGGGAGCGCGAGGAGCGUGAGGCGCGCGAGCAGGAAGAGCGCGACAGAAUUCUGCGCGAGGAGAGGGAAAGAGUACGACAAGAGCGCGAGCGUCAGCGAGAAAAGGAGCAAGAGGAAUGGCGCAGAGCGAGCGUCGCCGCGGGCACGACAGAGGCACCGGGGACCGCAGCGCCAAAAGGCCCUGAGAAGAAGCAGUUCCAGUUCACUAACCUGGACGAUCUGGAUGAUGAUGAUGACGACGACUAG